ACUUUCUGACAGUGGCCUGCGUUAUGUGUGCACGCAUGAUAAGUUACACAUUCUCAGCGUAAAUAUGAUGUGUGUGUCCCUUUAAGGGAACUCCACUGCCUCCUUGUGGACACAACUUAUAAAACAAAAAAUCGCUUUGCAGUUUUGGGGCAGGCUUGAGUAUUUUCUCCUCGGCUUGUUUUCAUUCGGAGUGAGGGAUCGGAGUUGACAAAACAAAUGUGCGGCGUGGAGUCACGAGCGGGAGCCUCGCAGUUCAGCUGGAUGUACAGGUGAUGGACACGGAGAAGAAGAGAGAAGAGCGCAGCACACGCGGACCACACGAUCGCAUUUCACCGCUGCACUUCGCGAAUCAGUAACAUCUAAACAUUUAGGCAGACUCGUGUGUCAACAGCGGUCGAUCAGUGGCCGCAGGACAGCCAGUGUCUGUUGCUCACUUUCAGCCGCUAACGUUACUUUGCUGCGAAGUUGCUGUCGCGCGUACCUGUUUAGACGAGUUUUGAAUGCGUAAUGAGGUUUACAUCGGCGAGACCACUUGUUGAAAUCUCACGAAACUAACUCAAGUGUUGUGGACAAUCAGGAUAACUGAAUUAGCUUUAUAAGUGAUUCUUUAACAGGUCGCACGGGUGUUUGCUGUCAUUUACAGUCGGUUUGAGAGAAAUCGCUUGUAUUGUUUUGAUUAUCAUAUUGCUCAUUAGCUGGUUAGCUGUCACGGCUGACUUUACGCCGUACAUUAGCAAGCAAUAUCAAUCAAUUACGCACAUUCAGACAGUUAAAUCACUAGCUGUCAACCUUAAUUCAUAAAUAAUGGUAGGCACUUAAAUAUUUAUGCGGAAUCAUGAAAAAUGCAUAAUUAAAAUCGCUCUUGUUAGAAUCCAAAGUAUUUAGCCUGCUAGCUAGAGUCGCUACUGAACUUGUUUCGUAAAUCCAAGUGAAACAUUUCCAAGUAGAAGCUUUUCUGUUUGGUAUCGUGCAGUAUUUUAUUUCUCAUCCUGUUUCUUACGCGAUACAAAGCAAGAACUACUUUUGUGAUGCCAAGCGAAACUGAUAAUUUAGCGAUGUCCAGUUUCCUGACAAACUUUUAGCAAAUUCGGCUCAUCGCCUGUAUACAAAUAUUGACAUUAUUAAAAUAAAAGGAAUUCCCAGAUACCAUCGAUAAUUGGCGCUCAAGCGAAAUUAACUCCAUUAAGUUGUUAAUAAUACGCUUUCAUCGCAUUUUCCAGCUCAUUAAUGGUUGCAAAGCUCUUGUCAUUAAAGCGACCUCGUCAAACAUCAUUAAAGAGACUGGACUGCACUCUUCCUCGCUUUUCAGACAUGGAGGGACAACUUAAGCACGUUUAACUUCUAUAUCGAAGACAUUCAACUGUCAGUUCUCUGCGAAGAUUAUCACGAAACUCUGCGGCCCGACCAUGUCUGGAUCCCCGGGCUCGAGUGGCUCCAACCCGCGGAAGUUCAGCGAGAAGAUCGCGCUGCACAACCAGAAACAGGCGGAGGAGACGCGGGCCUUCGAGCAGCUCAUGACAGACCUCACUGUCUCAAGGGUGCAGUUCCAGAAGAUCCAGCAGCUCCGUCUGUCGCAGAAUCGGGCACAGUACUACGGUGGCUCGCUUCCCAACGUCAACCAGAUAGGCAAUGCCAGCACUGAUUUCCAGGGGACGUUUCCCUCAGGCCUGGACUCUGUUCGAGGAACCAGACACCAUGGUCUGGUGGAGAGGGUCCAUCGAGACCGCAAUCGGAUCAACUCACCGCACCGCAGGCCCAUUGACAAGCACGGACGGCAGGCUGAGAGCUCUCCGUAUGGAACGAUGUACCUUUCUCCUCCGCCUGACAACAGCUGGAGAAGGGAGCAACUGCCAUGGACCGAAGAGAAACGACCUGGAUUUAGAUUAAUAUCACAGCUUAACAGAACAAACUCUGACUCAGCUCUGCACACCAGCGCCAUGAAUCCAAACCCACAGGAUCCUUUUGGCAUGAACCAGCAGAUGGGCAGAGGACCACCUCAGCGGAACGCCAGCAUGAAUGAAGCAGAGGUGGACAGUUCUGGAGAUGUGUUCUCAUUUCCUGCUGUCCCUAAUGAGGAAAAUCUGCUUGGUGUGAAUAAGCCAAUGCCCAAACAACUAUGGGAAGCCAAAAAGGUGCAGUCUCUGUCCUCCCGGCCAAAGUCCUGUGAAGUGCCUGGAAUCAAUAUAUUCCCCUCUCCAGAGCAGAACGCGGGUCUGUCCCACUACCAGGGCACGUUAAACACUGGCGGGUCUCUUCCUGACCUCAGUAACCUGCACUUCCCCUCUCCUCUGCCCACUCCGCUGGACCCCGACGAGGCUGGGUAUCCCAAUCUGAGCGGAGGCAGCAGCACCGGCAACCUGCCCGCGGCCAUGAUGCAUCUGGGCAUCGGAAACUCACAAGGGCUGUCGUCCUCACUGAGCAACCCUUCCAUCCAAGCGUCCCUCACCAACUCUCAGCUGCACUCGUCUCUCAGUAACCCCUCACUCCACUCGUCCCUGCGCCUCUCCUCGAUGUCCAACCCUCCUCCAACGGGCAUGGCGAGUUCACCCAGAAGGCGGCCGGCCCCCAUUAGUCCCCUGACGCUCUCUCCAGGGGGAGAUCAGAGGAGAAGCCUGAGCAAACAGCUCUCGCCGACAAUGUCGCCCUCUCUGUCUCCAAUCACACAGGGGGUUGCAUUGGACACCAGCAACUUGCCAAUGGAGCCUCCUCCUCCUUACCCUCUUUACCAGCAAAGCCAGCAGCCACAGCCUCCACAGUCCCAUCAGGCCAUUCAGCAGAGCUCCCAGCAUCCAGGGGUGCAGCAGCGAGCAGCAGGUGGACAACAACAACAACAACAACAACAGCAGCAACAGCAGCACCACCAGCCUGUGUCCCCGCUGCAGAACAUCCAGCUGGACUUCAACUCCAGUGCUCACAACAGCAUGGCUGGGUUUUUUAAUGAUCCUUUUAUGGAGCAGCAGUUCUCUGGACGUCAGUCAAAAUGUUCAGCCUAUCAGCAAGAUCAGUAUAAUAUGUUGGAGAAUGUGAUGAGCUCUAUGGCGGGAGGAUUUGACCCGUCCUCCAACCUCUACUGCUCUCAGGCUGCACUCAUGGGUUUGGGUGGCAGUCAUGGCAACCUGCACGACCACUUUCAGAUGAGGCAAAACAUGCUCUACUCCAAUUGUGGAGGCGGAGGAGGAGGAGUGCCCAACAUCAUCCUUACAGAUGACUCCAAUCCCAGCCUGUCUAAGGACAUCAGCAGUGUGUUGUCUGCAGUGCCGGAGUGUUUGGACUCGGAGGGAGUUUUCCCACUUGAGGAUGAGCUGCGCAUCGAGCCGCUCAGUUUAGACGGACUAAGCAUGCUCAGUGACCCCGACAUGGUCCUGCCUGACCCCUCAGUAGAGGACAGCUUUCGCAGUGACAGACUUUAGAAAGCCACAUCAUUCACAUGUACACACAAAUACAUACAAGUCCAUGAACGUGACGACUAAAGCACAGAAACUUUAGCACUCUUGAUUUCUACUUUUUUUUCAUCCCUUUUUCUUUUUUACAUUUGACAUUUUCUUCAGCACAAAGCGCAUGCAUAAACACUACAUGGUGUAAGGUGAAUCAUCCAGGCUUGAUUCACCCAGCCGUCGUCUCUCAGUGUCCGCCAUUGCUCAGCAUUCUCCAUCUGCCUCUAGAGACGCCAUCAUCACUCAGCAGAUGUGGGAAACCAAUCUCGACGCUUCACGCACGCUUUGACCUGCAAAGACAAUGAAACAAACAAACAUUCUGCCGUGCAUCUACUCAUCGUGCCGAGUGACAAUCAGAACACCGAAGCCAUAGCAAUGCCAAACCAACGAUGACUGGUUCAGGCUGUUGCAUUGCUAACUCAAAGCCAUGCGACCCCCAAAUCUAAAUAAAUGAAUGAAUGUGCUUGUUUUACACCGUACUUUUGGAUGCUAUCAAAAGGUCACACCAGCUUUCGAUGACAUUUCGAGAGCUGCAAAAAUGAUGGGAUGCUCCUGGAAAUGAAGACGUGUUGAGGAACAGAAGGAGUCGACAGCCGGAGAAAUACCAGCCCAUAUUGAUGCACCAAAUGCUGUGAUACGAGACACCAGCAGGAUGGGUUGAUCUUUCCUUCCCCCCGCUUCUUGCCACGCCAACCGACCCUUGUUUCAGAAGAACCAGAACGCGCUCAGUCUUCUACUGAACAGACACAUCUAAAAUAACCAACAGUGUCACUGUCUGAGGUUCAGAGCAUGCGCUACCGCUAACCGCAUUAUAAUGCUGUGACCAAUCAGAGGUCGCCUUGCUGCCCGCAUGUGAAAUCUUAGUCCGUCCUUCAGGUGUGGCCAGUCUGCUUCUUCAGACGAUAAUAUUCAGUGAAUCGCGCCUCUUCUCCUGCAGUCGAGUACUAGAAAAAAAAAUGGAGGGAAGAUACUAGAUCGUGUGUAUAGAGCAUUAUUUUGCAUAUUUUUUUUGUUUUGUAUAAAAAGAAAAAAAGUUAUAAAAGAGAGCUUUGCCACAUAUAUAUAAAUAUAUAUAUAAAUAUAUGCCUCACAAUUUUUCUGUCUUGACUAGAAUGUAUUUUUGACACAGAAAAAAGGGCAAACUGUUUACAAAGAUAAAGUUUAAAAACUAUGAAUUGUGAGUAGGCGCUGAAAUUUUUAUGAUUUUGGUAUAAAUCGACAAGAUUUCAAGAAAGAAAAAAAAACGACAACCUUUGUAUCUUGCUGAUGCUGAUCCAGUCCAGAAGUUAGCGAUAAGAAGCUUUGGCUAUGCAGAACUUUAGCGCAGGACUGUCUCUGGAACACUCUAGACCAUGAAAAGGAACUGUUUUACUUGUAUAUUUACUAUAUCUUUGUGCUUAUUUCAGAUUUUAUACAGACUUCUUAUGCGGCUUCUAAUAUGUCAGUUGUAUUUGUACUUGUUCAUUUUCUCGUUGUUUUUUAACUUUUGUUGUGGAUGUCUACUUUCGUGAGCGAUUGUUUGUUGUGAUGGUAUUUUUCAUCGUUGUUCAGCAUGGGCCCUCUCUUUGCAGCUCUGAUCCUUGUGAGGGGUUUUUACAGGGGGGGGGGGGGGGGGGGGGAUUUAAAAUGUGUGUUUUGUGGACGUGGGACACAUGUAUCGUUGUUAUUGCUCAUGUUUGCACUGAUCUGAACAAAACGGAAACAAAUUCAGGUGUUUUUGUUUUAUUAUUUGCGAUGACGCAGAGAUGUUUUGUUAGGUUUCUCCGCAUGUCAUGCAUGUGAGGAUUUUGAAAUGUAUGCAGUCUGUUUUGUGAAUGACUAGAUUCAAAUGACCAAAUAUUUUGAGAUGAAGAAAAGAUGUCUAAGUAUAGCUCAGGAAUGUACUUCAUUUUCUUUUUUCACCAUAUCGUGAGUGGCUCUGUGCUGAAAUCCUGCCUCUUGACUGCCAGAUCCAAAAUUGUUCCCAGAGAAACUGUUGUGAUGAUCCGAAACACACUCUUCUUUCUGUUGUUCUCUGUGUGGCUUUCUAUUGCAGUUGGAAAUAGAAAGCAAUAGCAACGUUAUCUGUGUGCCAUGUCCACAAUUUCGUUCGUUCUUUUUUAUUUUCUCCAUUGGUGUAUGUUUAUGCAUUCAUCCAGGUCAUAUUACAGAGUUGUGGUCAAAAUGAGUAGUUUUGACUAAAAUUCUUGCCCUUUUUUUUAAGAAUUGGUCCAAGUAGGCAAGAUGAGAGGAGGAUUGAUACAAGCAGAGAUUUAAAGCAACAGUUCACCCAGAAGUGAGUGUUUUGUCAUUUACUCAGCCUUUCCUUCAUUCUUAUGUUUCAUUCAAAGACUUGUGUUGCUAAUCAGACAUUUUCCUACUAUAAAAGUCUGGUUGCCAACAAGAAUAUCAUCUUUUGUGUUCAACAAACAAGUCAUACAUUUUUCGAAACUCUUGAGGGUGAGGAAAUGCUGAGCAAAUUUUCAUGUUUGCCAUAACUAUCCCUUGAAGGUGCAGUUUUUAUUGUAGGCAUAAAAAGAUCCAGUGUCUAUAAGAGUGUAGUGAUGCAUGAAGCACUGCUCACACAGAAGUCUCUUUCAAACCAAAGUCUCUUUCUAUUGGUUCAUUAGGCCUGUAAACCAAUAGAAGUCUUUCACCAUUAUGCACGGAUUCCUAAUAAAAUAAAUGGAUUUUGCCUGCAUAAAUUUGCCUAACAGCAUAGAACCGUAUCUUUAAAAACAACUCUAUUUAUACUGUGGGUGUCCAGCCCUGUUUUUAUAGUUGAACAGAUUUUAUAAGGAGGGUUCAUCCAAAAAAUGAGAAUUCUGUCUGAUCAUUUACUCGCAUUUUACGUGUCACAAACCUGUUUGUUUCUUUAACUUUUUCAAAAACGUUGAAAACCUGUAACCAUUGACUACCAUGCAUUUGUUUUUCCUACUCUGCAUGUCAAUGGGGGCGACGCAGUAGCACAGUAGUUAGUGCUGUCACCUCACAGCAAGAAGGUCGCUGGCUCGAACCUCUGCUCAGUUGGUGUUUC